UGACGAGUGACAGUGACAUCUAAGCAAAAGCAUUGUUUUGUUUUGAGGUUAUUUUUAUUUAUUGAAAGACCCUGUUCAACGUAAAAAUAAAUUUAAUUUCUAUCGUUGUUAGUAACUUUUAUACUAUCAUAUCAGUGCACUAAUUUCUCAAUGAUGGAAGAUAGUGAAGAAACAGAUUUUGUAGCAUCCGAACACGACCGUCUCGUUAGUGCAAUAACCAAACUUGAUAAAACUCAGCACAUUACCGAGCCCACUAGAAACGAACCUACUAAUCAAAAUUCCGAAUUCAAUUUAAUCAAACGGUCAAGUAAACUAAAACUAGGUAAUGUUGUCAAAGUUCUGGAAGACACUGCACACAGCGUGAAAAUCGGUAAAAAGCUAAAGAAAACUCGAGAAGCUAAGGUCUUACCGAAGCCGCUAGAAAAACCUCAGGCUGAACGUAUAAAAAGGGCGACUGGUUACGAAGACACAAAAAAGAAAGUAGGCAGGUGGGAUCCCGUUGUCGCUAGAAACAGAACUGUAGAUUUUGUUUCCUACCCUUUAGGCCAUGUUUCAAAAAAAUCUAAAAUUCAACCGACAAAAGAAUUCCUCUCGAAACUCACUCUUAAAUCUUCCUUGGAAAAAGAAUUAGAUGAGAUUGAUCCUCCCCCGGAAUCAAAAGAGGUAGAAGAAGAAGAACAAGUAUAUCCCAUGAGCUAUGAAGAGAUGUUGGAGCAUAGGCAGAAUGCUGCAAAAUUGAGAGCUCAACAGUCAUACAAAGCUGCUAAAGAAAAGAGGCAAAGUAAAAUAAAAAGUAAAAAAUAUCAUCGUAUCCUCAAAAAAGAAAGGCUAAAACAACAGUUGAAGGAGUUUGAAGAAUUGCAAAGUAAAAAUCCUGAGGAAGCCUUGAAGAAGUUGGAAGAACUUGAAAAAACUAGAGCUUUGGAGAGGCACACUCUAAGACACAAGAAUACAGGAAAGUGGGCUAAAAGCAAAUUGGUUCGAGCGAAAUAUGAUAAAGAGGUACGCCAACAACUAGCAGAACAAUUGUCUGUCAGUAGAAGUUUAACACAUAAAACACAAGAUACACAAAGCACUGAUGAUGAAGCAGAUGAUGCAGUAAAUAUCCCAGAUUUAACUCUAGCUCAGGAUCCCAUGAAUCCUUGGAUGAUGAAGAGUUCAGAUAGCAAUGUUGACUCAGAAUUUAACUUUGGAUACAAAAAAUUUCUAAAAGAUAAAAUGUCUAAAAUAAAAGAGAUUGAUUCUGAUUCUGAAGAAGAACAAUCUGUAAAAACAAACAUUGAAGAUUUUUCUUCAACAAUUGGACAUCUUAAGGGCAGUUUGAAAAAAUUAUGUGAUACAAGUAAUCCUGAAAAUUCAUUUAGCGAAGUAACAAUGCCUGAUGAAACAAAAAGUAUUAAAAGAAAUCAAAUAAAGACCAAAAAGAUAUUUACAACUUUAGGGGCAACUUCAAAUUGGAUUGUUGAAGAUAUAGAUGUGGCAUCUCAACCAAUCUAUGGACUUAAAAACCAUGGGAAAGCAUCAGAGGAUAUUUCAAAUGUUUUUGAUAAAUUUGAAAACAAAGUUGUUGGCAAAGUAGAGACUAAAUUGAAAAAAUUACGAAAGCAAAUUAAAAAAUUAGACAAACAGUCACAUAAACCAGAUAAAAUGGAGAGUAAAAAUAAUGAUGACCAAGAUAACCUUGAAUACUUAAAGCUUAAUAAACAGAAUCUGAAGUCUCAAGUUGAUGAAGAGUUGUUUGAAACACAUAAAGGUAUUGGACAUGUAAAGGAAACAGCGUCAUUGUCAAACAUAUUAACAACAGUAAAUAAUCCUUUACAAGGGAAUAUUGAUGUUGACAUUGAUCCCAACAGAUUUAUUGAAGUUAAGCCAAAGUAUUUAAACACAGCUAUUUCAAGUGCACAAAAUGAUAUUGAUGAUUUAGAUGAUGAUGAACAAGUUGUUCCAAAGGUUGAUAUUGAGGAAGUUUUUGAAGAAGAUGAUGUUGUUGAUAGCUUCAGACAAGAGAAAGAAGAUGAGAAGAACCAAGAUAUAUCUAAAGAUAUUGAUCUUACCUUGCCAGGAUGGGGUAGCUGGGGUGGCAAAGGAGUGAAGGCAACAAAGCGCAAAAGAAACAGGUUUAUUGGUAAACCAAUACCUAAAAUGCCUAGGCGUGAUGAUAAUAAAGGCGAUAUAAUAAUAAAUGAGUUCAAAAACUCUCAACUUGAUGCACAUAAAGUUUCAAAUUUGCCAUUUCCUUUCACAAGUGUUAAGGACUUUGAAGCAUCAAUUAGAACACCUCUUGGUAAUACUUUUAUACCUGAAACUGCUCAUAAGAAACUUAUCCGGCCCAAUGUCAUUACUAAAGCAGGUGCUAUAAUCCAACCUAUGGGCGAAGAUGAAUUACUGGUUAAGAAGAAUCUUAGUUUUAAUAAUGAAUCUGUAUUGAAAUUUGUGACCAAAAAAUAAAAUCCUACAUAUUUGCUUAAAA